AGUGGGGGUUUGAAGUGUGCACGGGAGGGAAGAAAGCACGGUCUUCCACCAGGAUCUGCUUAGUCCUUUGGGAAUGGGAGCAGAGAGUGAGGAGAGGCCACAACAGAAACAACUAGAAAUAGCUGAAAGACCCAGUGAGGGAGAUGGAUAAUAAUUUCCCAGAAGUAAAUCUGAUUCAGCUUGUACUUUGGAACAAUUGAUCAGCCCUGACACUUGCACAACCUACUAGCAAAGGUCAUGCAGCACCUGAGCACCAUCAUGGCAGAGUCACCGAGUCUCAUCACCAUCUUCCUUUGGGGAUAUCUACUCAGUGCCGAAUGUGCAGUUUUCCUUGAUCGUGAAAAUGCCUCCAAAAUUCUUAUCCGUCCAAAGAGAUAUAAUUCAGGAAAACUGGAAGAGUUUGUCCAAGGAAACCUUGAGAGAGAGUGUAUGGAAGAAAGAUGUAGUUUUGAAGAAGCAAGAGAAGUUUUUGAAAACACUGAAAAAACUACUGAAUUUUGGAAGCAGUAUGUUGAUGGAGAUCAGUGUGAAUCAGAUCCUUGUUUAAAUGGUGGGAAAUGCAAGGAUGAUAUUAAUUCCUAUGAAUGUUGGUGCCCAGUUGGAUUUGAAGGAAGAAACUGUGAAUUAGAUGUAACAUGUAAAAUUAAAAAUGGCAGGUGCAAGCAGUUUUGUGAAAAUGGUGCUGAUAACAAGGUAAUUUGUUCCUGCACUGAAGGAUACCAACUUGCAGAAGACCAGAAGUCCUGUGAACCAACAGUUCCAUUUCCAUGUGGAAGAGUUUCUGUUUCAUACAGUUCUAAGAAGCUCACCCGCGCUGAGACUAUUUUUCCUGAUAUAGAGCAUGAAAAUUCUACUGAAGCUGAAUUCAUUCUGGAUAACAUCACUGACAGUGCCAUUCGGGAUAAUGUCACUGAAAGUCCUGAAUCAUUUGAUGACCUCACUCGAAUUGUUGGUGGAGAAAACACAAAACCAGGUCAAAUCCCUUGGCAGGUCAUUUUAAAUGGUAAAAUUGAGGCAUUCUGUGGAGGUGCCAUCAUUAAUGAAAAAUGGGUUGUAACUGCUGCCCACUGUCUUAAACCUGGUGAUAAAAUUGAGGUGGUUGCUGGUGAAUAUAACAUUGAAGAAGAGGAAGACACAGAGCAAAGGCGAAAUGUGAUUCAAAUUAUCCCUCAUCACCACUACAAUGCAACUAUUAAUAAGUACAGCCAUGACAUUGCCUUGCUGGAACUGGAUAAACCUUUAAUACUGAACCGCUAUGUAACACCUAUCUGUGUUGCCAAUAGAGAAUAUACAAAUAUCUUCCUCAAGUUUGGUUCUGGCUACGUGAGUGGCUGGGGAAAAGUCUUCAACAGAGGGAGACAGGCUACCAUUCUUCAGUACCUUAGAGUUCCACUGGUUGACAGAGCCACAUGCCUUAGGUCCACAACAGUCACCAUCUAUAACAACAUGUUCUGUGCUGGUUACCGUGAGGGAGGCAAAGAUUCAUGUGAAGGAGAUAGUGGGGGCCCCCAUGUUACUGAAGUGGAAGGGACAAGUUUCUUAACUGGCAUUAUCAGCUGGGGUGAAGAGUGUGCAAUAAAAGGCAAAUAUGGAAUAUAUACUAAGGUUUCCAAGUAUGUCAACUGGAUUAAGGAAAAAACAAAGCUAACUUAAUGAAAAACCUAUUUCCGAAGGCAGUUCCCUGGGAUUGAAAAUGGACCAGGCCCUUUACUAACUAAUCUUUUUUUCAACUUCUUGUUAGGUGUGAAUACAUAAGUUCUAAAAUACUGAUUUUUCUCUGUGCGGGGUAGGAGCCAUCUAGGAUCUAUAUUAGAGUAAAUCAACUAGGUUAGCAAAUAUAAUAACUAAACAAAUUGUUUAAGAAGAGAUUUACCACUUCCGUAAGUUCAGCCCUUGUCAAAAUUAGAAAAUGAAGCUUUUCAUGUUGCCCAUCAGGCACCGUAGUCCUCAACUGUAGACACCAAUUUCUCCCUCCUUAGCAGAAAUCCUUGUUUCAGUUUUUCCUCCCCUCUCUCAAAUUUCUUUGUUUUCUACCCAGAAUCUUUAGACCAUUUAAGGCCUGAAGCACACAGAAGCAGCUGAUAUAUUAAAACUCAUCAAAAGCAUUACUUCCUCUCCUGUUUUUUUUUCUGAACCCUGCAUCUUUUUUCAAUUCUAAAACCCCAAAUCACUGUUUCUCUCCCUUAUUCCCAUCCUCUAUUUCUCUAUUACUAUUGAAGGAAAGAGAGAUCUAUCUGCUAUUUUGAGGCUGUACAUACAUUGCAAACCCAGACUGGCUUUCAGUUUGGUCUCAAACUUACUUUGAAUAACAUGGAAAUGAAGUUAGGUGCUUAUGAUCAUAAGGGUAUGGUCCAUUUAAUGCACCAUCCUGGAUAGUUUCCUAAGAAUGUGUAAUCAGUGAUCAUGGAGGCCUGACUAGGGAUGGCUCCAAGAAGACAAACUCACAUGUCAUUGCAAGUAUAAGAAAAAUUACAUUGAUCAAAAUGCAUUAUCUCUCCCUGAAAAAAAAAUGCUAAUAGAAAGUAAAUGAUGAGCCAGGCACAGUGGUGCAUACCUUUAAUCCCAGCACUUGGGAGUCAGAGGCAGGCAGAUCUCUGAGUUUGAGAACAACCUGGUCUACAUACUGAGUCCAGGACAGCCAGGGCUACACAAAGAAACCCUGAUUCAAAGAAAAGAGAGAGUAAAUGAUGAAUUUAGUCACAUAAUUAUACUGUGCACAGUAGCAUAUUUGUAAAUAUCUAAAUAAGAAGGUAUCUUAAAAACACCUCAAAACCUUAUUUGUAACAACUGCUUAUUUUUAUGGUAUAAAUACCCUUACCUUGAUAGAUUUCAAGCUAUUAACAUGAAAUUACUGAACAAGGAGUUGAAAAAAAAUUGCAAAAUUACUCUUAAAACUGUUUCAGUCAGUUUUUAACCUAGAACUAGCUGUGUAUUUCUUGAGCAUUCUCCAGUGCCAAUCAGCAGGUUGCAAACAAGACAACCAAUGUGAGUGUCAGGCUUGAGGACAGGAGUCAUUGCAAAAGGCCAACAAAAUGGCCCAUUUCUGGUUUGCUGCUCACCCAUCAAUUCUAUUAUUAUAAUUAAUCCUGUUAUAUUGAGUUUUCUAGAGGGGCGCUGACCAUGUGACAUGUUUUUUUUUUUUUUCAGUUGUGAAUUAAUGAUCUGGCAUUUUAAUACUUAUCUGAAUGUUUGUACGAACCUGUUUGGUAUUGAGUCAGUCACCCCACACUCAGUGAUGCCUAAAUGGAACAACUGACAAAAGCAUGAUUUGAACCCUUCAGCACUGCCACCUGCCCCCACAACACAAAACUGGAAUUCAUUACUGCUGAUCUUACUGAAGUUCCACUACUUCCUGCCUCUUUUGUCUUGAAAUAAGUAUCAAUAAACAUAUGUCCAGAUCUCCAA